AAAUUGAUAUCUAUUCAAAAAAUAAAGUGAGUGAAUUGACAUGAAACAAUUAUCUACUUGAGUUAUUGAAAACAACGCACCAGCCAUCAGCAAGAGAUCGUGAUCGUGAUUGACUGCACAUAUAUAUUCGCCACGUAUGUAGGCUUUGUUUCAAGUGCACACUUUAAUAAUUACUACAAAAUCUUUCUUUUUGUCUUCUACAUUAUAUUUGUGUAAGAAAAACAAACAAAGAUGAGUUGUGUUCGUUGCUGUGUCAUCAAUGCUGGUCGUAUUGCAUCUUCAAAUCAUGUAACAAAUCAUGUUCACAAAAUUGUGAGGGUUGCUGUUAUUAGAUCAUUAACAAUUGGUAAUACUUUGGGAAAAGCACCUAGUGAACCCACUCCACCUGGUAAAGAUAAUAGUAGUGGUGUGUCUUCUGUUGGAAAUGGUGGAGGAAAGAAAAAUACUCUUACUUGUCCAAAAUGUGGUGAUCCUUGCACACAUGUUGAAACUUUUGUGUCAUCAACAAGAUUCGUUAAAUGUGAAAAAUGCCAUCACUUUUUUGUUGUAUUAUCAGAGGUAGAUUCGAAAAGAAGCCUUAAGGAAGCUUUAAGACCAGAUGAUACCAAACAAGGAUUUUACAGGAAACCUCCACCACCACCAAAAAAAAUUUUUGAGUACCUAAACAAGCAUGUUAUAGGUCAAGAAUAUGCUAAAAAAGUUCUAAGUGUUGCUGUUUAUAAUCAUUAUAAACGAAUCUACAAUAAUUUUCCAGUACAAAAUUCAAUGCAAAGUUCUAUUAAUACAACUGGUUCACAAGAUUUAAAUCAUCCUUUCACACAUAGAGGUCUUAAACCACAUUUAUUACACAUUUCAACAAUUGGAAAUUCGCUUGGUGUUGGAUUUCAACAAUAUCCUGCAGGAAACGAACAUAAAUCAGCUGAAAAUCAAUCAAUUUCCGGAUCUGAUAUUCUUGAUAGUAAGCAACAUCAAUUAAAAUUAGAAAAAAGUAAUAUUUUAUUACUUGGUCCAACUGGAAGUGGAAAAACAUUGCUCGCGCAAACAAUAGCUCAAUGUUUGGAUGUACCUUUUGCAAUUUGUGAUUGCACGACACUGACACAAGCAGGAUAUGUCGGUGAAGAUAUAGAAAGCGUUAUUGCAAAACUACUUCAGGAUGCCAAUUACGUAGUAGAUAGAGCGCAAAUGGGUAUUGUAUUCUUAGACGAAGUUGAUAAAAUUGGUGCUGUUCCUGGCAUACAUCAACUGCGCGAUGUUGGCGGAGAAGGUGUCCAACAAGGAAUGCUGAAAAUGUUAGAGGGUACGAUUGUGAAUGUACCUGAAAGAAAUAGCUCUAGAAAAUUACGUGGAGAUACAUUGCAAAUUGAUACUACAAAUAUUUUAUUUGUUGCUUCUGGUGCUUAUAAUGGAUUAGAUAGGUUGAUUUCACGGCGUAAAACUGAAAAAUAUUUAGGAUUUGGUGCAUCACGAUCUUUUGAGAGUCCAGGAAGAAGAGCUGCAAAUUUAGCAGAUGUUGCAAACAUGUCACCUUCUACGGAAAAGGAUAAUAAAGAGAAAGAUGUAUUGCUUCAGCAAGUUGAAGCAAGAGAUUUGAUUGAUUUUGGUAUGAUUCCUGAAUUUGUUGGCAGAUUUCCAGUUUUGGUACCGUUUCACACUCUUGACAAAAAUAUGCUCGUUAGAAUAUUAACCGAGCCGCAAAAUGCUAUGAUACCUCAAUAUCAAAUGUUAUUUUCAAUGGAUAAGGUAGACUUAACUUUUACAUCUGAAGCUUUAAAUGCAAUUGCUUCAUUAGCAAUGGAAAAAAAAACUGGUGCAAGAGGGCUUCGAGCUAUUAUGGAAUCACUACUCUUGGAACCUAUGUUCGAAGUACCAGGUAGUGAUGUAAUGUCUGUUCAUGUAACUGAAGGAUGUGUGCGAGGACAAGAAAAGCCACAAUAUAUCAGAAAAGGUGAUGUUACUGAGGAAGAAUUACAUGCUCAGCAUAUACAUAAUUAACAAAUAAUUCAUGUUGAAGAUACAUCACAUAUUUGAUCGAUUUUUUAAAAAAAUUGUUCAAAAUUCACAUUCUGCAAUAUUUUUUGAUCUAAUAUAAAUUUGUAAAUAAUGUGUUGCUGUAAUCUAUGUUUUUUUAAUGAAAAAAAAACAAAAGAUUACAUCACACAGAUUAUAUAUAUGGCAAUUAUAAUUCUAUAUUAACUUAUUUCAUAAAAAGUUAUAGAUAGGUAAAUCAAAUCAAUUGUGGUAUGUAUUUUGUGUUCAAGUAAUUCGUAACAAUAUAAAAGAUUUUGUUACUGAGUUGUUCUUAAAUAUAUAUAUAAAGAUUAUAUAUAAAGAUAUGUGUGUGUAAACACAUAUAUAUAAAAACUAUAUAAAAAAAUUUCAUUUUACAAAAUGAAGAAAAAAUUGUGAUUUUUCUAAAUUAAAAUCAUUUAAAUAUACUUUAUAUCAAUUAAAUAUACUAGAUUAGUAUAUUAUAAUGCAAAAAUAAGUUGUAAAUGCAAUAUUUUUACAUCUUCUUUUUGCAUCUCUAAUUAUAAUUUAUGUGAUUACUCUAUAUGCUAUUAUUACAGAUAGAAAACAAAAUUAAUAUCUGUUACUUUAUGGAUACUAUAUAAUAUUAUGUAAUAUAAAUGGUUUCUAUACAUACCAUAUUAAAACUAUUUAAAAAUAUACAAAAGUUACAAAUAUAUGAUCAAAAUUGCACGAAACUAGUACAGAUACAUUAUAUAUUGUUACAUAAAUAUAUCUUGUAGAAAACAAAAUAAUCUAAAAUAGAUUCAACUUUUACUUUGAUACUAUUUCUAAAUGAUUGAAAGAAUUUAAACAAAAAUUUAGAAGAAAAAUUUUUUAUCAAAUACUAAAUAAAACAUAUUUUAAAAUUGAGAGUGAAUAUAUUUAAAUAUAGAUGACAAAUUUUAUUGUCGAAUAAAAUGGAAAAAAAAAAAAUAAGAUUUUAAAAAAUCUAAAAAACUGCAUGUAUUUUCUGAAAAUGAUCAUUAAGUACUUCUUAGUGACAGAUUUUAUUGUCAGUUAUUUCAUUUCAUUUUACAUAUAUGAAAACUAGAUGUAAAUGAAAGGCUGUGUAAUAUAUGAUGCAAGUUAAAAAAAAACUGUAUACAUAUAAAAUUGUAAACAAAUGUUGAAAGUAAAUAUUAUGUUAUAUUUUCAAAAAA